AUGUCUAGAAGAGGAUUCGAUACUACCCUUUCAUCAAACCCUUCCCAACCUACACCACAAGCUCAAACUCAACAGAAUGUUCACAGAAAUCGAAGCAAGCCCGACCGGAAGAAUUCAGCCACUAUCACACCACCUGAUCCCGACCAUGCAAUCUCACAUGUGCCCACACACACCUCAAAUGAAAGAGCUCAACUUGACAAGAAGGCGAUCAGUGGGGUCGCUGAGAAUAGGAAUGGGAACACUGAGACUCCAGCAGAAGUAGAUGAUGACGUCUGUUUCAUCUGUGCUGAACCUAUCACUUUUUGGAGUGUAGGUGUAUGUGGACAUAGGACAUGCCAUGUAUGUGCAGUACGUCUAAGAACGUUUUACAAGAAAACCGAUUGUACAUUUUGCAAAACCCCACUACCCUCUCUUCUAUUUUCAAGAUCACCGACAGCUCCUUUCCCCACAGAACAUCACGUCUCCCCUUCAUCACCCAGCGUGAUCGCAGCCGCCCAAGCCAAAGCUGAGAGUCUACCAAAAGGCUCCAAAUGGGAUGAAGGGAUUAUACAUCCUGGUACAUUAGAUAUCGGUGCUUUCCCUUAUGGUGAUGAUAUCCUCGGUGUCGUUUUUGAGGACGAAGACAUGAUGGAAGCUACCCUUUUAUUGCUGAGGUUCAAUUGUCCAUAUCAAGAUUGUCCAUAUCAAGGAUUAAAUUGGCAAGCUCUUGAAAGACAUACAUUAUCAACUCACGGCUUGAUGAUAUGUACAUUGUGUCGAUCAACUUUAUCUAGAUUCGCACAUGAACAAGGACUAUACCCACCUGGAUUAAUAUCUUUACACGAUCCAUCAAAGUUGAAAAGAGGUCAAAGACAACCUAAAUUAAGAGGACCGGAUAUUGAUUUAGUUAAAUCAUGGGAUGCACCUCAUCCAUUGUGCGAAUUUUGUCAUGAAGCUUUCUUUGGUCCCGAUGAACUUUUCAAGCAUAUGAGAUCGGAUCAUGAAGAAUGUCAUGUUUGCAGAGGAUUAGGUGAUAAGGAUGUAUAUUUCCAGAAUUACAAUGCUCUUGAAAAACAUUUCAACCAAGAUCACUUCCCAUGUCAACAACCGGUUUGUCUUGAAAAGAAAUUUGUCGUCUUUGGAACGGAUAUGGACCUGAAAGCUCACAUGAUUACCGAGCACUCCGAAAACAUGUCAUCUAGAGACCGAGCACAAUCUCGUCAGAUAGCCGUUGAUUUUUCCGAGAAUCGUCGGGCUGGAAAUAGACAACAUGGCUCUAGAGGCUUUACCUUGGCACAGCCAUUCGAUCCGGCUCGUGGAGGUCCUUCGCGAAUUAGAGAAGGACCAAGUCAUCAACAGCUUGACCAGCCCAAUCUUACGCCGGUACAAAAGCAGCAACAAGAACGACAAUUGCAUAAAGACAGACAAGAAGAGACAAGAAGGAGAAAAGCCUUUGCUACAGGAUUGACUAGACCUGAUGGCCAAAGUGGCUCGCAUCAAUCAGGAACAAGAAACGAAACUGGAAACGGGAGUGGAAGUGGAUUUUCCACACCUAGAGAAGACAUUGAUGAAGUCACCGCUACUCGACACGCCGAAUUGCUAUCACGGGUAGCAAUGUUAGUAUCUGACUCCCCCACAAAACUCUCCUCCUUCCGUUCGGCCGUCCGAUCAUACAAAAAUAAUGAAUCUGCCGCAAAGGACAUGGUAGAUACUAUCUUCCACGUGUUCGAUCGGGAUCUAGAUACCACUACCGGUAUAGUGAGGGAAAUCUCGAGCUUGUUCAGCGGCGAAGGGGAUGGAGAGAAGGAAAGGAACGUACUGGAGGCUUUGAACGCAUUCAGAGUUGAGCAACAAGAACAAUUCCCUUCAUUGGGCAACGUCACGCCACAAGGAUUAGGAUCUAACUACGCUGGCAUCACAUCUGGUAAAAUCCUGAAUGCUAAGAGGACGACUAGAACUGGAGGUAGUUCAGGGACAUCAAAAUCAGUUUGGAGUAGGGUUGAAGCUGCAGCAGCCUCCAAUCCAGUUAAUCGACCUAUCAGUAAAGGAUUGAAUGGAAGAUAUGUCCCUGGAUCAGGAUCCGCGCCAGCAUCAGCAUUCCCUUCAUUAUCUGGGCCUACACCCUCUUCGAGCAAAGUACAUUCCACUCCUUGGGCAGGAGGUGGAUCAGGGUCAACAUCAAAAUCACCUUCUGUACUGGCCGGACCACAAAUUCGUUCAAUCAAUUUCCCAACUCCACCAAUAUCGAAAUCUAAACCUCUGAACACCUCUGCUUUCCCCAGUUUACCUACGCCCGCGUCUGGGCCUGGACCAAGAGCGCUUAGUGCAAAUGAAAAGAAAGCAUUGUUUAGUAAACCGACUGCUAGGGAAGAAAGCAUUCGAAGAAUCACAGGAAAUGGGCCCCCACCUCCGCCUAAUAAUGGUUGGGGAUCAUCUGUCAACGGUUCAGAAAAUUUGACCCUCAAUGAACAUUCGAAUGUAUCGGAAGCACCAUCAUCGCAACCGACAACAACGACAACGGCGAAUCCAGGAGGUGGGAAGAAAAAAGGUAAAGGGAAACAGCAACUGCUUUUCAGCGUUAGUGCCAGACCACAAGGCGGACCAUCACACGGAUAA